AUGCACUUCUCCACUUCUGUUGUUCUUGCCUUCAUCGCUGCUACCACAGCACUUGCCGCUCCCCUCGCCCCACCCCGUCGUCCUACUCCCGGAUCCGGAUCUGUUCGCGGCCCCGGCAGCUUCCAUGCUCACGGUGGACACAAGCGCCCCAGAGCCCUCGAAUUAGACACCGAAGAUCUCGUCGCCCGUGGCAUUGUCGAGGUCGAAGCUCGCAACGAGUCUGUUGAGGUCGAGGCUCGUAGUAUGCGCCCUCCUUCUCGACCUGGUAAACCUGGUCCACCUAACCCAUACGGACCCAAGGGACCUCGAGGAGGCAAGCAUUACCGAAGGGACGAGUCUGUCGAGGUCGAAGCUCGCAACGAGUCUGUGGAGAUCGAAGCUCGUAGUUCGCACCCUCCUUCUCGACCUGGCAAGCCUGGCCCACCUCCAUACGGACCCAAGGGACCUCGAGGCAGGCCCCACCGCCGAAGAGACGAGUCUGUUGAAAUCGAAGCUCGUGGUAUGCGCCCCCCAUCUCGACCUGGCAAACCCGGUCCACCAAGCCCACACGGUCCAUAUGGGCCCAAGGGACCCAAAACUGGCAAGCAUGGCAAAAGGGAACUCGAAGAGGAGCUCAUGGAGCUCGACGCCCGCGAUGUAGAGGACCUUCAGGAAAUCGAGGCACGCAGCCCAAGACGCCAAGGUGGCCACAGGUCGGGAGGACGCAGAAAGCACGGCUAUGGUGGACGUGGAAGGCACCCAAGGCCUCAAUCUGGUGGACAAGAACAAUCCGAGCAACAGCCCGAACGCCGCUCCAUUGACGAAUUGGAUUAA